AUGGCGAGGGAUGAGCGCCUGCUGGCCCGCUCCUGCGCUGAUCGCUGUGCAGCGGCAGUGCAUUCUCUGUGCCAUUCUCUGCGCGGUGCUGCGAGCUGGAGGCCGUGGAUUGCGAGCCUCCCACGCCGCCGCCCGAAGCAGCUACUGCCGCGGGCAGCCUCUGUGUGGCAGCUCUGGCACCCCUCGCCCUCGCGGCCCUCUCUCGGCCAGGGCCAGCAAGGGCGUGCGGGCAAACGCUCUAGCAGCUUUGUCGAGCAGCCAGCGCGCUCAUUGCUCGAGCAGCCGGGCCUUCGCACACCGCAACACGCGCUCCACCACGUCGAUGGCGUCUGUCUGGCGGCCACGUCCAGUCAUUCGCAGCGGCCAGCAGCCUGGGCGGUCCUAACGGCGGCUCCAUGGCGCUCGCCCAUUUCUAUUGGCCGCCGAGUGUCCAGGCCAACGUCUGCCCGCAGUCAGCCACGAACAGCUGCUCUCCCUUCUAAAUAUAAGCCUCCCAUCUUCGCCAAACCUGUGCUUCGCUGCUUGCGGUCCGCGCUGUGUGGAUGCUGGCCGUCCAGCACUGCCGCCAGCGUGUUCAAGACCCUGAAUAGCUGCACGAGGCUGGCCGCUGAGAGCGCGUUGCGCCGAGCCGCCAGACUGGACCGCCCGUCCACCGUCGCUGUCAGCACCGCACCCUCGCUAGACUCCGUUUUUCCACGCGCAAUCUGCAAUGCAUUCCGCACCGUCCGGGGCCGGCAGCCUCCCGUGCUAACAAGCUUCUUCACACGCGUCGCCGCCGCGCAAUGUUGGCAGCAAUGUUUGCCAUCGCGUCAGGCACGCAACUCGCCGUCUUACGCGUCUGCCCUCAACGCCGCACUGUGCCAGCCAGCGUCUGCUCGCGUGGCCUCAUCGUAUUCUCGCUGUCCGUUCUGCUGCCGGGAGAGCCCUGUUGAUCACGUCUGA